AUGAUAUCGAGGUCAAAAUUACCUAGAUAUAGCGCAGCUGCUGCUUUGAAACGGUUCUAUGCGUCUGCUACCAUCCAGACUAACCCAAAUAUAGAAAUGACAACCCUCGCCAAUGGACUAAGACUAGUUACAGAUUCCACACCAGGGCAUUUCAGUGCACUUGGAGGAUACGUCGAUGCUGGAUCACGUUAUGAAGACCCAAAAAAUCCCGGUCUUUCCCAUAUCCAUGAUCGAUUAGCAUGGAAAUCAACUGAAAAGUACAGUGGAUUGCAAAUGAUGGAGAAUCUACUGAAACUAGGUGGCAAUUAUAUGAGCUCAGCACAACGAGAAUCAAUGAUUUUCCAAGCCAGUGUUUUCAAUAAAGAUGUUGAUCAGAUGAUGGAAGCUAUUGCUCAAACUGUAAGAAGUCCUCGCAUCACUGAUCAGGAGUUCUUGGAGACUUUACAAACUGCAGACUACGAAGUACAAGAGUUGCAGUACAAGCAUGAGCUAUUAUUGCCUGAAGAGUUACAUAGUGUUGCAUAUAAACAAAACACAUUGGGUCUCCCAUUGUUUAUCCCUAAGGAACGUAUACCGUUGGUGCAAAAGUCCGAUAUUCUUGAUUAUCAUAAGAGGUUCUUCCAACCUCAAAAUAUCAUUAUUGCAAUGGUUGGUGUUUCGCAUGAUCACGCCCUCAAAUUGGUGGAGUCCAACUUUGGAGAUUGGGUAUCGACUGGUGAAAAAACAAACCUUACACCUGCUCAUUACACUGGUGGUGAAAUUGCAUUGCCUCAUCAACCUCCACUUUACGCAAAUCAACCCGAAUUGUACCAUAUGCAAAUUGGAUUCGAAACAACGGGUUUAUUACAUGACGAUUUGUAUUCUCUUGCGACUUUGCAGAAACUAUUAGGUGGUGGGUCCUCAUUCUCCGCUGGUGGACCAGGUAAAGGUAUGUUUUCUAGACUUUACACCAAAGUGUUGAACAAGUAUCCAUUUGUUGAGAACUGCAUGUGUUUUAAUCAUUCGUAUUUAGAUUCAGGAAUCUUUGGAAUCACAUUGAGUCUUGUCCCUGAAGCAGCCCACGUGUCGUCACAAAUCAUUAGUCAUGAGUUGGCCAAACUUUUAAACGUUGAUACCAAAUCAGGCGGAUUGAGUGAACAAGAAGUGAAGAGAGCCAAGAACCAAUUGACGAGUUCGAUCUUGAUGAAUGUUGAAAGUCGAUUGGCCAAAUUGGAAGAUUUAGGAAGACAGGUUCAAUGUCAAGGUAAAGUGACAUCAAUUGAUGAAAUGGUAGAAAAAAUUAAAGCGUUAACGCCUAGGGAUUUGCAAAACGUUGCUGAAAAAGUCUUGACUGGAAAUGUUGUUACAACAGGAACAAGUUCGGGUGUCCCUUCGGUCGUAAUGCAAGGUGAUAGAGAAGCAUUUGGUGAUGUUGAAUACAUUCUUCGUAAAUAUGGUUUAGGAAAAUUUUCCACUCCGGAAAUUCCUGAACCAAGGGAUUUCUCACGGAAGAAGAAAACUUCAUGGUUUUAG